UUUUUUGUUGUUGACGAUUUGUAUAUGAUUCUUCUCUGUUAUUUGUGAUUAAAUAUCAUUAGGUUUUGUGCCAUCUUUAGGGGUUCCCUUCUGAUGGACGACGGGGAGCUUGAUUUCUCGAACCAGGAAGUGUUCUCAAGUCCAAACAUGGCUGAACUUCCAAGCAGUGGAUCAAUGGAUAGCUUCUUUGAGGAACUCCUCAAGGACAGCCAUGCUUGCACGCAUACCCACACCUGUAACCCCCCUGGUCCUGAUCAUUCCCAUACUCAUACCUGCUACCAUGUUCAUACCAAGAUUGUACCUGCGCCGUCUGAGGAGCAAGUUGGAACUGACGACACUGCUGAGUCUGCUGAAAAGAAGUCAAAGAAGCGCCCAUUGGGUAAUCGGGAAGCCGUACGCAAGUACCGCGAGAAGAAGAAGGCUCGGGCUGCUUCUUUGGAGGAUGAGGUUGUCAAAUUGAGAGCUUUGAACCAGCACUUGAUGAGGAAGUUGCAAAGCCAGGCUGCUUUGGAGGCAGAAAUAUCGAGGUUGAAGUGCUUGCUAGUUGACAUUAGGGGCAGGAUUGAAGGAGAAAUUGGAACAUUCCCAUAUCAGAAGCCAGCGGCUCCUGCUGUGAACCCGCCAGCACAGAACUUACCUGGCUCUUAUGUGAUGAACCCUUGUAACUUGCAGUGUGAUGAUCGGGUCUAUUGCCUUCACCCGGGAGCAGAUGGAAAGAUUGCCGAAGGUGCAUCACUAACUACUGAAGGAUUUAAUGGUUGUGAAUUUGAGAAUCUUCAGUGCCUAGCAAGCCAGAAUCCGGCCCUUAAGGAUCUACCUUCUUGUGGAGUUGGACAAACAGUGUCUAAUGUGAAUUCUUCUGCAUCAAACAAAAGAAAAGGGGGUUCUCGUGCAAUGACAGCUGGCUGAAGAAUAAAAUGGUACUUUUUGUUGUAGCCAUGUUAAUAUCUACUUCCAAUAACUCAUUACCAAUCGCAACAUCAGCCAUCCAGAAGGUCAUCUUUUAAAGUAAUUUUCUCUGUUUGGCCCUCUGCUUGUGUAAUGGGUUGGGAUGGCUGUUCUAGUAUUGGAAGAUGAGUCCUAGCUCAAUGCUCUGUUAGCAGAAUUAGCAGUUGAUCUGUAGCUGGUAUAGCUUAUGGCCAAGCCACAGUAAUACUUCUUUAUGCAAUUCAAUUUGCGAUCUUUUGAUUAUCUUUGAACUAGUUAAACUGCUAUCAUAAAUGUUUCUCUACUGGUUCAUUCUUGAAUCAUGUAAGUAUUUGUGUGGUUGUUUUCCCUGUUUAACAAUCCAAUAUUUAAGCAAAAAUUCAUGAUUUCUAAGUACAAUAAGUUUGAUAUUGCUGGAUUACAGAACUUGGGGAGAUGGGGUGUGUUUCAUCUUCUAGUACUCUGGAUGUGUACAGGUGAGGCACUGUUAUCAUUGUAUAAUACUGUAAUCUUUUGAAGAACACUAAUUUGUGAGACAAUAAAAAAUGGGUUAGUGCCUUAGUGGCAUUUUUUCUUCA